AUGUAUUCUUCACUGUUACGUUCCGCCAGCCCCAACGUUCGCAUAGACGACGAGGUCUGGGACAUGAUCUUCCCUGCCGCAAAGUCCAAGAAGAACAAACUCAAGACCAGAGAGAUUGCUCAGUCCACCGACCCGAUCACCGCUAAACACAUCGACAUCCGAGAUUGGCCCUUCACAGACCGCAGGAUGCUCGUAUCUAAGUACAACCGAAUCAAGAUCUUCGUCGACGAUGAGUUCAUCACAACAAUCUCGAAGCCACUGUUCCGCGCGACUUCGACAAAGACAAGCGAAAUCCUCGCAAAUGGGACAAUUGUAUUACCAGCAGCCGUUGAUGCAGAUGCAAUACAUCAACUCAUCGAUUACCUCGAGUCCGUCGUCUCCGAAAUCACCCCACCCCUGCCCUUUCCACUUAGCCUACCGAUAAUUGUGUCCCUGAGUACAUGCGCCGCCGCCGCGGCGCUCGGAACGGACAAGUACAUCCAUCAUUUAUACGCGGAGUGCGAAGACCUCCUACAAACAUCACUACGAACACGUCUUCCAACAUACGCAACCAUGGAUGUCAUCACCGCAUCCAAGACAACGCAGCCUUACUCACGCCUCUUCCGCAUCCUGUCAACCAACCUCGCCAUACGCGUUCGGAACGAGACAUUUCCGCCCCAUAGACGUGAGGGUAGUCGUAUCAAUGUCAUCCCCAACCCAGAAGACUUCUGCAAGUAUUGCAAGAAGAACCCUGUUCUUGUUCAUGCGAUUAGGAUGGCGAAUGAGAAGUACUCGACCCUCGAAUCGAGAAAGGAUAAGAACGAUCCUCUUCGGGAUGGGCAUGUUGAUUAUGACCGGUGGUAUGAAGGGGGUUUUGAGAAGAAGCUUGAUGAUGUUUAUGAUGAGCCUAUCGAGUUUUGGACUCGUUGCAUGAGGAAGUAUGGAAGGUUUGGAGACUACUAG